AUGGCUGCCAAUUUCUGGACAUCAUCUCAUUACAAGCAUCUUUUGGAUCAGGAAGAUGUGGAUAUGGUGAAUACACUUGACAAGGAAAAGGGUAUCACACUGGAGGAUUUUAAGCUCAUUAAGAUGCACAUGGCUAAUUAUAUUUUGAAAUUGGCACAACAAGUAAAAGUGAGGCAGAGGGUUGUGGCCACAGCAGUUACAUACAUGAGGCGUGUUUACACCAAGAGGAGUAUGGCAGAAUAUGAUCCACGGUUGGUAGCUCCGACAUGCUUAUACCUAGCAUCAAAAGCAGAAGAAAGCACAGUGCAGGCUCGGCUUCUUGUAUUUUACAUUAAAAAAUUAUAUGCUGAUGAGAAGUAUAGAUAUGAAAUCAAGGACAUACUUGAAAUGGAAAUGAAGAUUUUAGAAGCUCUUAAUUAUUACUUGGUUGUAUACCAUCCAUACCGUUCACUCUCUCCGUUGCUUCAGGAUGCAGGUCUGAAUGAUCUAAACAUGACCCAACUAACUUGGGGGCUUGUAAAUGACACAUACAAGAUGGACCUAAUUCUUGUACAUCCUCCGCAUUUGAUUGCUUUAGCUUGCAUAUACAUUGCUAGUGUACUCAGGGAGAAAGACACCACUGCUUGGUUUGAAGAACUUCGGGUUGAUAUGAACGUGGUUAAAAACAUAUCAAUGGAGAUACUUGAUUUUUAUGAAAGCCAUAGAAUGUUCACUGAUGAAAGAAUCAAUGCUGCCCUCCAGAAGUUGACCAUGAGACCCUAA